UCAUCGCCGCGUCAUUUUGUUGGUUUUUGGCGCGAAAUUCCCUAUCAGAAGGUUUCCGCAGUGAUCGAACGCGAGGAUGUAAACAGAUGAAGAAGUUUGGGAUUUCAUUUCGCGCUGCGGUUUGAUUUUCAGGAGUGUUACAGUAGCCGAGCUGAUUCUCUGGCGACAGAUCUAAACGUUGACUGUACAGUUGUCUGGCUAAACUCCAGCACUUUUGAUUGAGGCGUGUUGGAUUGUUCCAGUGUGUCACAAUGUCAGAUGGCAGUGAUCUCAGUGCAGGAGAAGAGGGUCAGGAGGAUGUGUUGACCCCAGCAGAGCUCAUCACCAAACUGGAGGAGGCUUGGCUUAAUGAGAAGUUUUCUCCAGAGCUGUUGGAGAACAAGUCCGAGUUGGUGGAGUGUGUGAUGGAGCAGAUCACACACAUGGAGGAAAAUCUCCAGAGGGUGAGGAAAGGUGAUGUGAAGGCCAGUGUCCACCGCAUGGAGAUCGAUCGCAUCCGCUUCGUUCUGAGCAGCUACCUGCGCUCCAGGCUCCAGAAGAUAGAGAAGUUUUUCCCUCAUGUUUUGGAGAAAGAAAAGUCACGUUCGGAUGGAGAUCCUUCGUUUCUCUCUCCUGAAGAGUUUGCCUUCGCUAAAGAGUAUCUGGCCAACACUGAGGUUUACCUGCGAGCCGUGGCUCUGAAACACAUGCCUCCAAACCUGCAGAGCAUCGACAUGCUGAAGGCCGUUCCUGAGCCGUGUCUGGACUCGUUCGUUUUCCUGAGAGUGAAAGAGAGGCAGGAGAAUAUCCUGGUGGAGCCUGAGACUGAUGAGCAGAGGGAGUACGUUGUGGACUUGGAUGAAGGUUCGCAGCACCUGAUGCGUUACCGUACUAUAGCGCCUCUAGUGUCCAGUGGUGCAGUGCAACUUAUUUGAACCCAGAGAGCCUCAGGAACAGAAUGAGGAACAGAUCAUCGGUGAACUCCUGCCUUACAUGGAUGAUGCCCGGCUGUGAACAUCUGUUUCCCAGUACCAUACAGAUCCUGAACAUGUCCCUGUGUUUGAACAUAAAAUUCACAUCAUGAAACUGAAGUAAAAGCAAUGUGGAUUAUUAUUAUCUGUAAAAACAAACAUUCUUCAGUGUAUUCUGACAAAUGCAUAUGUUCAAAACACAGUAGUAUAAAUACUCUUGGCCUAUGACACUCUGAAUGCACGUGGGUUAUUGCAACCUAUUUGCAAUAUUUCAUCACUUAAACUAGUAAACCUGACGCACUUGAAACGGAAAGUGUGGUUUUCUCUGUAAAUGGGAAGUUGUUGGUUUGGAUGAACUGUAUGUGGUCAUUUAAAUGGUCACUGGGGUUUUGCUGGAGUGCUAGAAUAAAAUUGUGUUAUUUAUGUUUCUA